AUGGCUAAAGGCGCGAAGGCGCAGGAUCCUGCCUCAGAUGGGCAGUUGCCCUCGGUCGAAGAGGAUCUGUACAAGAUCCUGGGUGUAUCAUCUGAUGCAACACCAGAGGCCAUCAAGACUGCAUACAAAAAGAAUGCCCUCAAACACCAUCCCGACAAGGUGAGCGAGGAUGCCCGGGAAGAAGCCCACGCAAAAUUCCAACAGGUCGCCCUCGCAUAUGGUGUCCUGUCUGAUUCGCGUCGGCGACAAGUCUACGACCGCACGGGCAGCACCGACGAAGUGUUCGGGGAAGAUGGGGAUUUCGACUGGAUGGAUUUCUACCGUGAACAGCUGUCGGCAAUGCUGGACUCGCGUGCCAUUGGAGAUUUUCAGAAGAAAUACCAAGGGUCGGACGAGGAGAAGCGUGAUUUGCUGGAAGCCUACCAGAUACACCAAGGUAACUUGGACAGCAUCUAUGACAGUGUCAUGCUGUCCAAUGUUCUAGAUGACGACGAAAGAUUCCGGGCUAUCCUCGACAAGGCCAUUGCUGACGGCGAGGUGGAGGACUUCAAGGCAUACACCAAGGAACCGGAAACGAAGCGGGAGCGACGGGUGAAGCGCGCUCAGAAAGAAGCCAAGGAGGCUGAAAAGCUUGCCAAGGAGGUUGAGGGCAGCAAGAACAAGAAGGCAGCAGCAGCAUCAAAGCCGUCCAAGGCUUCGGGAACUGGCGAUGAUGAUCUGCUGGCGAUGAUCACCAAGCGACAGCAGCAACGCGGCCAGGGCUUCCUUGCCCAUCUCGAAGAAAAGUACGGCCAGCCCAAUGGCAAGAAGCGUGGGCCCUCGGAUGAGCCCUCGGAUGAGGCAUUUGCGGCUGUUGGGGCUCGGAAGACGUCCAAGAAGGGAGCGAAGCCCAAAACCAUGAAGGCCAAGUCAUAA